GGUAUGACAGCGACACUGUACUUGCAGCACUGUUUACUACCGCCAUAGGAGAAAUCUGAUUUUUACAUGUCAAAAAUUUCUGAAAUAAUGAUUAGUACAGUUACAGAUGAGGUACAAGUUAAUGAAAAUAGUAAUUUAGAAUUUGCUACUUCGGAAAAGCAAGAAGCUCGUGCAUUUUUACGUGAACGGUUCCUGCGUGUGAUUACCGGCAUUGUUGGCAAACAAGCAGAGUUUUAUUUGUAUGAAAAUACUCGAGUUUCUGCUGAAUUUAGAGGCUGUGACAUAGACUUUUUAGAAGUAUAUGUACGCAACUUGGAAACACCACUAGGGAAGGUUCCAGAAGCUGUUCUCAGGGCAAGUGAUAUUAUUCAUCUGGAUGUUAAAGAUAUUAACACAGCAUAAUAAAAUCUCCAAACAUGGUCAGUGUCCACCGCAACGGAGGCUGUUACAGGUCGCCCUAAGAAACGAUACGCGAAGAAAAGAAAAAAAACAGAAUAUAUCAGUGAGAAACUCUUCAGACAUGCUUCAUAAAAUGCUACACAAACGAUUGUUCCUGGUCGUGACUGCUGUAAACAUUGUUUCGUUCAGUGAAGAGAAAGCCAUUCAGGACUGGAAUUUCAAGUUUGAUAUCACGAACGGUGCUUCGAAGACCUCGAAUCAACUUGUAAACGAAGAUUCAAAUUACAAAGAUAACCGAAUUAGUGGAAUAAAUAACGACCCAGUGGACCAUGAAAAUUGUAGUGACAAGAAUUGCAGCGAGAAAGGGAAAGAAAAUGAUCGUUCGUGUCCUUACGAAAGCAAAGAAUUGUGCUUGAUAUUUUCUUUAUCGAAAAUUGCUAAAGUUCAGAUAGCCUCGUUGAGUGAAGUUGCGGCGGGCCGUAGUAUAGAGCCGGACACUAGAAGUGAUAAACAUUUGAACGUUGCCGAACGAAGGAAAGGAAUUUAUCUGGAUCGUCCGAAAGAACGUGAGAAUGAAAAUCCUCCACGGACGAGCUCGUCGAGCGUUCAGUGUCGAGCGGUCCGGGAUGUUUACAUACCGGAAGUCAAGCAACACCUGCCAGCCUUCGCUUGUCAAUUUGGGAAUAACACGUUCAUCUUGUCGAGCGCCAGAUUCCUCCAAGAUCGACGAUCACGUUUGGAGAUAAACGUGAACGAGGAUACAUUUAAGAGCAUUAAAUCGACUCCAAAAGUAUCAAGAAGCAACCAGUUGAACGUGAUACCCGCUCUGCUUGUUCUAAACACCGCCAAUAACGAUUAUAGGAUAGAAAUGCAGGGAAACAUUUCUAACGACCAACGAAAGGAAGGAAACUGAUAAGAUUGAAUCAUAUUUGUAGAAAGUUCAAAUACCCGGUGGUAACUUUGAC